AUGUGGGUGGGUUACGAUUGGCCAGAUCGGCCAGGCUGUGAUUGGCCAACCUUCGAGGCACCUGCUCUAAUGCUCAGUGUCAAUUCCAAGGCCGGGGUGUGGCUGCAUGCCAAGCGGGAGCAGCUGCGGCCUAGCGUUAGUAGCCAUGUCGCCCAAAGUUUCCAGGAAGAGUCGGCCCCCAUCUCAGCCCGGGGCCCGAAAGCCCAGUUCCAGGCCGGCCAGCGGCUGUUGUGCCUGCACGGCUCUCUGCUCUAUGAAGCCAAGUGCAUGCGGGUGGCCGAGGUGGCGGCUGAGCCCGAGGCGGACGUGGAGGCCGGCUCGGUCAUGUACCUGAUCCACUACACGGGCUGGAACAAGAACUGGGACGAGUGGGUACCCGAGAACCGCGUCCUCGAAUACUCGGAGAACAACCUGGUCCGGCAAAGCGAGCUGCUCCGGGCCCACCAGGAGCAGCAGGCCGGGACGAAGGCGCGAGGCGGGCUCCGGGUGCGCAAGAUCCCGGGGCCGGGCCUGCAGCAGAAAAAUGGGGGGCGGGCCCGGAAGGAGCCCCAGGAGGUGGCAGGCAACGGGGAGGGCAGCGGCUGUGUUGGCUGCCCCAUAGAAGUUUCAGCGCCUCCUCGCCGCAGGCGGAGCGCCACGGACCCCACGGUGGAGAGUGAAGAGGCGGCCCGGAACCGGGUGGAGGUGAAGGUGGAGAUCCCUGAGGAGUUGAAGCCGUGGCUUGUGGACGACUGGGACCUGGUCACCAAGCAGAACCAGCUCUUCGGGUUGCCCGCGCAGGUGCCGGUGGAUGCCAUCCUGGAGCAGUACGCGCGCGCCCGGGGAGAGAAGUCACUGGUGGCACCCGAGGUGUUGGCCGGCAUCAAGGAGUACUUCAACGUGAUGCUGGGCACGCAGCUGCUGUACAAGUUCGAGCGGCCGCAGUAUGCCGAGGUGCUGGCCCGCCACCCCGAUGUGCCCAUGUCCCGCAUCUACGGCGCGCCCCACCUGCUGCGCCUCUUUGUGCGUAUCGGCGGCAUGCUGGCCUACACGCCCCUGGAUGAGCGCAGCCUGGCCCUGCUGCUGGGCCACCUGCACGACUUCCUGUCCUACCUGGCCGACAACGCGCCUGCCCUCUUCAGCGCAGGAGACUACGGCGUGGCGCCCCCGGAGUACCAUCGCAAGGCGGCCUAGAGCUCCACAGGCUGCUCUAGCUGGAGGUGGAGUGGAGGGAGCGCUCACUCAGCCCCUUCUGGGGAUCCUGGCCGCCACUGGGGAUGACAGCAGCCGGAUUAGUGUUUGAUCUUCAGAUAUCUUGGUUUCUCACUCGGGGUAAUCCUUGCACUUAUGGAAAUGGCAGCUACUUUCCGCCUCAGUAGAUGGUUUUGAUGAGUUACCCGACCAAAUAAAUCAUCGAC